AUGUCCGCCCCCGAGCAAGCUGCAUUUACCUUUCUGCCCCUGGGGGCCAUCAUCCAGGAGUUCCGUGUCGCCGGGAAGAACAUCGUCUUGGGUUUCCCCACGCAGGAUGACUACGUCAAGUACAACUCCCCACACUACGGUGCAACCAUCGGUCGUGUUGCCAAUCGUAUCAAGGAUGGCUUGAUCCAAGACCUCAAUGGCCAGCCAAUCCAACUGACGCAAAACAACGGCCCCAAUGCCCUGCAUGGGGGUGAGAAGGGCUGGGGUAAGCGCGUAUUUGACGGCCCCCAUACUGUCCAGCGUAAUGGCCACGAUGCCCUGCUGUUCAAGUACCUGUGCAAAGAUGGCGAGGAGAGUUAUCCCGGCACCGUCGAGGUGCGCGUAUGGUAUACCGCUAGCAAGGAGGAUGACGCCAAGACCGUGCUGACAGCCGAGUACGAGGUGGAAUUCAUUGGCAAUGAGUGUGAGGAGACCGUAGUCAACCUCACCAACCACAGCUACUUCAACAUCGGUGACGGCUCCGAUAUAUCGGGCACCACCGCCCAACUCGCCACAGAUGACUAUCUUCCUCUCGAUAGCACGGGCAUCCCGUCAGGCGGCAUCGCCAAGUUCCCCCGAGAUGUGACCAACCCGUUCACCCUCGCUGCAACGGGCGCACACAUCGAUGACGUCUUCGUCAUGGAGUCUGACCCCAGCAAGAUUCCGCUGGACACCCGUGGCUUGCCUCUGCGCCGUCUCGCGCAGUUCAGCAAUGCGGGCACGGGCCUGCAUCUCGAGGUGCACAGCACUGAACCGGCAUUCCAGUUCUACACCGGAAAGUAUAUCGACGUGCCAGAGAUCAACGGUGCGCCGGCGCAUGGCGAGGGAGCUGGGUUCUGCGUUGAACCUAGCCGCUUUGUGAACGCGAUCAACGAGCCAGAGUGGAGAUCAAUGGUUCUGUUGAAGAAGGGUCAGAUCUUUGGUUGCAAGACCGUUUACAAGGCGUGGAAGGCUUGA